AGCUCUCUCAGCGAAACACUAUCGAUGAAGUUGUUUCAAAGAUGGCGGAUUUCCUGCCGUCCCGCUCCCUUUUAUCACUAUGUUUUCCAAACUGUUUCCUCACGAGUAGGGAGGCAGAACAACUCCGGAAGUCGAAGGAGAUAGAUAGAUGUCUUAGUCGAGAGAAGACCUAUGUUAAAAGGUUAGUAAAGAUCUUACUGCUCGGAGCGGGUGAAAGCGGCAAGUCCACUUUCCUCAAACAGAUGCGCAUUAUCCAUGGGGAGGACUUCGAUCGGAAGGCCAAAGAAGAAUUCAGAGCUACAAUUUUUAGUAAUGUUAUUAAAGGUAUCCGAGUGUUGGUGGAUGCGCGGGAAAAGCUUCACAUCCCGUGGGGCGACCCGUCCAAUAAGCAGCAUGGUGACAACAUGAUGGCGUUUGAUACCCGCGCUGCAAUGGCCCAUGGUCAUGGCAUGGUGCAGACCAAAGUAUUCCAGCACUACCUGCCAUCUAUCCGGGCACUGUGGGCCGACCAAGGCAUCCAGAAUGCCUACGAUCGGCGCAGGGAGUUCCAGCUGGGCGAGUCAGUCAAGUAUUUCCUGGAUAAUUUAGAAAAGCUCGGACAGUUGGAGUACCUCCCCAGCCAACAGGACAUCCUACUGGCCAGAAAACCCACCAAGGGUAUCCACGAGUACAACUUUGAGAUUAAGAAUGUGCCCUUCAAAAUGGUGGACGUCGGCGGCCAGCGCUCUGAGAGGCGACGCUGGUUCGAAUGCUUUGACUCGGUCACUUCAAUCCUCUUUCUCGUCUCUUCUUCUGAAUAUGAUCAGGUGCUCAUGGAGGACCGGCAGACAAACAGGCUGAGCGAGUCUCUCAACAUCUUCGAGACCAUCGUCAACAACCGGGUUUUCGGCAACGUCUCCAUCAUCUUGUUCCUCAACAAGACGGACCUUCUGGAGGAGAAGGUGAAGCAGGUAUCCAUUAAGGACUACUUCCCUGAGUUCUCAGGAGAACCCAGCAGCCUGGUCGACGUCAAGAGCUUCCUGGUGGAGUGCUUCCGCAGAAAGCGCCGCGACCAGCAGCAGAAGCCGCUCUACUACCACUUCACCACUGCCAUCAACACUGAGAACAUCCGGCUGGUGUUUCGCGACGUCAAGGACACCAUCCUGCAUGACAACCUCAAGCAGCUGAUGCUGCAGUGAGGGAAUGGACCUGGAGCAGGAGGAGGAGGUGGAGAGUCUAGUUGCAGACAGAACCAGGUAUCACAGUGCCUUUAUGCCUACAGUAUCCCUGGAUCUUACCUCCCUCCUCCACUCCUGCUUAGUUUUGAACUCAAGCCACCACUACUGCGGCCACCUCCCCACCCUCCACGCCUGCUCUCUGCCUGACUGAGCUUGUUCACUGUGAUGUAUAACAGCCAGCUGUGGGUGAGAGCUGCAAGCUUCCAGCAGACCCGCUCUGAUAGAGACCUCCCUACAUUUGCCCCAGUAUUACCCCCCCUGUGUUGCUCUGAUGCUCUGACCAGUGUUAGUCGGGCGGGGGGGUUUGCCUUCUUCAGCAGAGCUUCCUCAGUGUUCAUCUUCUCGCCCUCUGAGAGAUCACCGAUACAGAUAGGAAUUCACCUGUAGGGUCUAAUCAUGUAUGUUUUCUCUAAUCUCUGAACAUACUGUAUGUACGUAUGAACCUUCCUCUUAUGUUUUAUAGGAGAGAAACGUUACACGUACGUGACUGCUGAUGGACUCUGUUACAGUUACUGAAAGUGCUCCUGUUAUUCCCAGAGGCCAGCUCAUGCAGGGAUAACAGUUCCAGUGUAUUCUGCCUUCACUCAGGGCUCAUUAUGAACCACUUCUCUGUGAUUUGAAGCCAAUCAGAACCACCAGAACCUGACCCUGACAUGGGUUUUCUGUGUGUGAGGAGACUUCCUGUGCUUUAAAAGCAGAAGUCCAGCCACGUUCAACCUGGAGCAAAUUUCACCACCUGCUGACAUUUUCCAUUUUCCCUGUAUGUCCCACCUGGACGGUGGUCCCUUACCACAGAGAGCUUUGUCUUUCUGUUGUGGCUGUGUGAGCAGUCCCACAGCUGAUUAAAGAAGUGUGAAUCAGCACCUAAGGUUUUCCAUUUUCACACUCAUUUCAGUUUUUCACGUUUAGAUUUUAGGUUAUUGAUUUUCAAGAGAAGCUGGAUAAUUGUAACAAAUUAGAGAUGCCCCAGUCAGAGAUUGGCUCUGACCUGCUGAUUCUUAUCUUUUAUUGAAUUACUUACAAAUACAUACACCAAAGUACUUUUCUACUUUCUAGAUACAUUAAAUAUUGCACUAUUUUAAUAUAAUUUCUAGUUCCCUGUUUCUUAACCAGCUAACCCUGUCUCUUUUCUGCAGGAACAACUUCUGCACUGAAGAGAGUUGUUAGCAUAACCUGUUAGCACUUGGUGUUGUUGGCCACUAAUGGGGAAAAAAAAGAUUUUUAGUUUCCAACCAGCCAAUCAGUGAACAAAGCUGUUUGUUUUGUGCAUCUUCAGGUCAGAUUUUCCCAGAAUUCCUCCUUAAUAUUUCAUAAAUCUCAACAAAAACAAAUUCUAAAUACAUUUUAGUAAAAUGAGCUGUCUUUGGGGACAAUGUCUGCCUCACAACCAGAUGUGGACCAUUGAAUCCACUAACUCCUGUGUGCCAUAUGUGUGUUUUCCUGUGUCCAGAUAACACAGUGGGGACAGGUGCUGUGGGAGUGCCAGGAGGGAAACUAACGCUUCGCUCUGUUCACUGUUCAGACCUAAGCUACAUGUUGGUCACUUUGCCGUCUGAGGCAGCUUCUUGCACAUAGUCAAGGCCUCAGUUAAAACGGAGGCUUUUCUGACGUUGGUGGAGCUGCAGACGGAGUUUUGGCCAGAAUGAUGCACAAAGACCAUCUGGAAAGACUGAAUGUUAAGCUGUCUAGUUGAGCUGCAGGAAAAAAAAAUGUUCUCCGCAGGUUGGGUGGACUUUAAAUAUUACAGAAGUAAGGAUGGAAAGUUUGGUCCAGGUUGAACAGGGUCCCGUACCAAAUCUUUCGCUUCACUUCUCCAUCAAACUUCUUUUUUUUUUUUUUUUAUUGUAACCACUAAAAGUGUUGCGGAUCAUAGUAAAAUGAUGCUGUGGCCAGGUAUUUCUUUGCUGUCUUAAAUCAUUGAAAUGUUCUGAAUGGUACUGGUACCUGACCCUCUUCCACACACCCUGACUUCCAAACAAAAAGGAGGGCUGCUGCCUGUGUGUUGCUGCGGGGGCUCCCCCCUGCAGGUACUUUCUGUAGUUGUGUAAAAUAAAUGAACAGUUGGCG